GAAAUGUGUUUAUAAAUAAGAACAAUCACGCAAAACUGUAUUUCUCAUUCACAAAGUCAAGGAUUUUCCCCACAUGGAUUCUCUCUACUUACCUCAGACUUCAUCUUUCAAGGGAGGAAGCGAAUUAUUUCUUCGGGAUGUGUUUGAGAAUAUAUUGAAGACGUACUUGAAGAAGAACCCAACAACGAAAAGGAUAUGGGAACUGGUUCAGUCGGUGGACAAUGAGAAGAUUUGCUACGACCAUUUCACUUUCAUGACACUUAAGAUCGAUGGUUAUGGAAUAGACUCAAUGUCAAGUUUCUUCAUGGAUAAUGGGUAUAAAAUAGGAGGUGGUCUUGAUUUUCCAAAUAAGAACCUGCGAGGUCUCUGGUUUUCUCCUCCCGAUAUUAACAUCCCUGAGGAUGGCCACGGCCUAAGCAAUGGACCCUUACCCCGACUUGUUAUGGGAGAGAUUCUUGUGGACGAAUUGAGCCCUGCAUCACAGGAAAUAAUAAGGAAGUAUCUGAAACCAGCAGGAGGCAAGCAAGCCCUUCUGUCAAGUAUUCUUGGGUCCUUAAUAUGGGAGAAGCCAACAUGGAGCGAAUUUAAGCAAAUUGCCGUAGAAAACGAAUUGGCGGCUUGGGCGUUCAUCAACGGCUACACAAUGAAUCAUCUGGCGUUCGCUGUUCAUCGACUUAAGCACCGUUUCAGUGACAUCAAUUGCAUCAUACAGUAUCUAGAGGAAAAUGGAUUUGAUCUCAACCAGGACGGAGGAGUUCUGAAAGUGAGUACUGAUGGGCUACUGAUGCAAGUGUCGUCACUCUCGGAGCAGCUUCCGGUAGAAUUUUCAGGCGGUGUAGUCAAAUCGGUCCCUGCUUCAUACAUUGAGUUCACUGAACGUCUUGUUUUGCCACAGUUCAAAGAUCUGCCUCAUGAUCAGAUUAAAGAGAUCCAUAGACGUGAAGACUUUGCGCUCAAUAACGCGGACAACAUUUUAGGAAGCUCCCGUUUUACGUCAGAUGUUUAGAAUCACUUUGGUUUGGUCCAAUCCUGUAUGAAACAAAAGAGUAUUAAGUACUAUAUAUGUUCACUCUGUGUGCCUUUCUUCUCUAUGAAAACGUGAGUCUCGUGUUGAGUAAUGAUUACUCAUAAGUUUAGUUACAUACUAGGUAGUAACCCGCGCCUUGCGCGGAAUGAGAUGGUUAGAGCAGCAAUUUUUUUGAAAAUAUUAGAAAGUAUAUAUAUGUAGUUUGGAA